AUGCCUUCCCACCAGCUCCCGGCAAAACCCUUGCCUCUGAAGGUCGACUCCAAGAAUGGAGGCGACAGGCCAAACUACAUUAUUUUCAUGCCAGAUCAGCUCCGGUAUGACUCUCUAGGGUGCACCGCUGGCCCCGACUCCGGUAUUCGGACACCCAAUAUUGAUGCCUUUGCCGCUCGUGGAAGCCUCUUCACCAACUGUUUCACGCAGGCUUCGGUUUGCUCGCAGUCGCGAUGCAGCAUGUUCACAGGGACAUAUCCGCACGUCAGCGGCCACCGCAGCCUCGAAAACCUCAUCAAGCCAUGGGAACCCAACAUCUUCCGCAGUCUCAAAGAGUCUGGCUACCACGUUGCGUGUCUCGCGCCGCGUGGCGAUACCUUCGCGCCAACAGUAACCGAACUGAGCGUGACGGAAUAUGGGUUCCUUGAGACGCCAGAGUAUGUUCCCAACUUUGGGCGCGGUGGUACAGAGAAGGAAAAGGAUGAGAGCAUUUGGGGCCGGUUGUUCUAUCGGGGACUGCGAGAUGCCGACAAGGCCUCUGAUUAUGAUGAGGCCGUGGUUAGAUCAGCGCUGACUUGGCUGGACUGUCCUCCAACAGACAAACCUUGGGUGCUCUUCAUGCCCUUGAUCUUCCCCCACUGUCCAUUCCAAGUGGAAGAGCCCUACUUUUCCAUGUAUGAUCGCGCCAAGAUGUCUGGAAUCGAGGCUCUGCCGGAAAAGAGAACUGGCUACGAACCGCGGUACAUGAAGUCAAUCCGCGAGCGCUAUGGGACCAGCCGAGCUACCGAUGAAGUAUGGAAAGAGAUCAAAGCCACCUACUUCGGCAUGAUUUCGAGACUCGACGACCAAUUUGGACGCGUCAUGAAGCGCGUGGAUGAACUCGGGCUCUGGAAAGACACCGUUACUAUGUUUUAUACAGACCACGGCGAGUACCUGGGAGACCAUGGCUUAAUUGAGAAGUGGCCAUCGGGAUUGUCAGAGACCCUCGUUCACGAGCCACUCAUCAUCGGUGGUGCCGGGCUGCCCGAGGGAAAGAAGAUCCACGCAAUGACAGAAAUGGUGGAUUUAGUCCCAACGAUGCUAGAAAUUUCUGGUGUCGGAGAGAAAUUUGCCCACAACGGACUUUCCUGGAUCCCUCUGCUAUGUGGUGAUGCCACAGAGCACAAGAGAUAUGCAUUCUCCGAAGGCGGUUUCCUCACCUCGGAGGAGCCUCUGUUGGAGCAGGCUCCUUAUCCAUACGACCUUAAAGCUGCUCUACAACAUGAGGAUACAGCUCUGGUGGGGAAGGCGAUAUCAUUGCGCGACGAGACAUGGACAUACGUGUACCGGCUGUAUGAACCGGCUGAGUUGUAUCAUCGCCAAAACGAUCCAUGCGAGCUGCACAAUCUUGCAGAAGACCCGUCGCAUAAGGAAAUUGCCGAUAAACUGGAGAAGGUUGUUCUGAAGUGGUUACUGGAAGGAGCAGAUACUAUGCCGUGGACGCCUGAUCCACGAUUCCCAGAGGUUAAGCUGAAGACUCCGAGAGAACAGAUGGAGGAAAGACUAAAGCACAUUCACGACACGUAA